ACAGCUAGCCAAUAAGAACUCUGUUCCACAGAGUUUAGAUAUUGUUUUGAUAUUUCUUGUAAAUAAGAAGUAGCGUAAUCUGUGGUUUGGCAGACAUUAUUUUGUUUUCCAUAUUAGCUGAGAAACAAAAUGGCUUCACAAUGCAUUAGGAUUUUUACCCAGAAACCGUUGUCAGGAUACCUUCACCGUGGAAUUUUGGCCUCUGGGUUAAAAGUAACGGUAGCUAGUGCGUCAAAUGUUGCAGCUCAAAAAGAUAGUGAAGACUUUGAUACUAAGAAUGCAAGACUGGGUCGCCCUCAGUCACCUCAUCUUACCAUAUACAGACCGCAGUUAACAACUAUCCUAUCACUGACACACAGAGCAACUGGAAUGGCACUGGGGGGCAUUGUAACUGUGUGGGGAAUAGGUGGACUUUUCACGAGUGGACAUUUCUCAGAAAACUUGGCUGCAGUUGAAAGUAUGCAUCUGAGUCCUGCAUUACUUCUGGCAGUAAAGGCAACCCUUGCAUUUCCUCUAUGUUAUCAUUAUAUAAAUGGCAUUAGACACUUAGCUUGGGACAUGGGUAAGUUUCUCACCAUCAAAGAAGUAUACCUGACAGGAUAUUCUGUACUUGCAGUCAGUGUUAUUCUAACAGCAUUUCUUGCUUCCUUGUGAAGAUCUUUCAACAGUUAAGUUCUUUCCAAAAUGGAAGUAUAAAAGCAAUAUUUUAUUAAACUUGCCCAGAAAGCCACACUGUAAAGUGAUCUUUAGAUGUUUUGCUGUAAAUUAAUUUUAGAUGCUGCAGUUAACUGAAUAGGAU